AGUAAGUGAGCAUGUUGCGUGUGUUUCUCUCCCUCGUAGGUGUGGUGUCAGCACAGCGGCAGGUCACCGUUCAGGAAGGACCCUUGUACCGCACGGAGGGCUCCCACAUCACUAUCUGGUGCAAUGUGAGUGGCUACCAGGGACCUUCUGAGCAGAAUUUCCAGUGGUCCAUUUACCUGCCUUCGUCGCCAGAGCGAGAGGUGCAGAUCGUCAGCACCAUGGACUCUUCCUUCCCCUAUGCCAUCUACACCCAGCGCAUCCGCGAAGGGAAGAUCUUCAUAGAAAGAGUCCAGGGGAACCCAACCCUAUUGCACAUCACAGAUCUUCAGGCCCGGGAUGCCGGAGAAUAUGAAUGCCACACACCCAGCACCGAUAAGCAAUACUUUGGGAUUUACAGUGCAAAGAUGAACCUAGUGGUGAUCCCAGACUCCCUGCAGACCACUGCCAUGCCCCAGACUCUGCACAGAGUGGAGCAGGACCCACUGGAGCUCACUUGUGAGGUGGCCUCGGAGACCGUUCAGCACAGCCACCUGUCUGUGGCCUGGCUCUGGCAGAAAGUUGGCGAGAAGCCCGUGGAGGUCAUCUCCCUGAGCCGAGAUUUCAUGCUUCACUCCGGCAGCGAAUAUGCCCAGAGGCAGAGCCUGGGGGAGGUGCUGCUGGACAAGCUGGGGAGGACCACCUUCCGCCUCACCAUCUUCCACCUGCAGCCUUCUGACCAGGGCGAGUUCUACUGCGAGGCCGCCGAGUGGAUCCAGGAUCCGGAUGGGUCAUGGUAUGCUAUGACCCGAAAGCGUUCCGAGGGAGCCGUGGUCAACAUCCAGCCAACUGACAAAGAAUUCACUGUUCGGCUGGAAACAGAGAAGCGGCUGCACACGGUGGGCGAGCCGGUGGAGUUCAGAUGCAUCCUGGAGGCUCGGAAUGUUCCCGACCGUUACUUUGCUGUCUCCUGCUUCAACAGCUCGCUCAUCGCCACCAUAGGCCCUAACGCUGUGCCUGUCCUCAACAGCGAAUUUGCUCACCGGGAAGCCAGGGGACAGCUUAACGUGGCCAAAGAGAGCGACAGUGUCUUUGUGCUGAAGAUCUACCACCUCCGCCAGGAAGAUAGAGGGAAAUACAACUGCUGGGUGACUGAGCGAGAGAAAACCGUGACGGGGGAAUUCAUUGAUAAGGAGAGCAAGCGUCCCAAGAACAUCCCCAUCAUAGUCCUCCCCCUCGCAGAUAACUGGGUAGUUAAAAUCCCCCAGCACCACCAGAUCCUGUCCCAAGGCCACUUGGAGAGCAGCAUCUCCGUGGAGGUGGCCAGCAAUGCCAGCGUCAUCCUUGAGGGCAAGGACCUGCGCUUCUCCUGCAGCGUCCGCAUGGCAGGCAGGCUGCAGGGUCGCUUCUCUGUCAUCUGGCAGCUUGUGGACAGGCAGAACCGCCGCAGCAAUAUCAUGUGGCUAGACCGGGAUGGCACCGUGCAGCCAGGCUCGUCCUACUGGGAGCGCAGCAGCUUUGGGAGCGUCCAGAUGGAGCAGGUGCAGCCCAACUCAUUCAGCCUGGGCAUCUUCAACAGCAGGAAGGAGGACAAGGGCCAGUAUGAAUGCCAUGUGACUGAAUGGGUGCGGGUGGUGGAUGGCGAGUGGCAGAUUGUUGGGGAGCGCCGGGCCAGCACUCCCAUCUCCAUCAUAGCUCUUGAAAUGGGCUUCGCAGUCACAGCCAUCUCCCGGACACCGGGGGUGACCUACAGCGACUCCUUUGACUUGCAGUGUAUCAUCAAACCCCACUACCCUGCCCAGGUCCCCGUGUCAGUGACAUGGCGGUUCCAGCCGGUGGGCACGGUGGAGUUCCAUGACUUGGUGACCUUCACCCGGGACGGAGGGGUCCAGUGGGGGAACAGGUCCUCCAGCUUCCGAACCCGAACUGCCACCGAGAAGGCUGAGUCCAGCAACAACGUCCGCCUAAGCAUCAGCCGAGCCAGUGACACGGAAGCAGGCAAGUACCAGUGUGUGGCAGAGCUGUGGCGGAAGAACUACAACAACACCUGGACACAACUGGCAGAGAGGACCUCCAGCCUGCUGGUGAUCAGGCUGCUGCAGCCAGUGACAAAGCUGCAGGUGAGCAAAUCGAAGAGGACCCUCACCCUGGUGGAAAACAAGCCCAUUCAGCUGAACUGCUCAGUCAAGUCUCAGACCAGCCAGAACUCCCACUUUGCGGUGCUCUGGUACGUCCACAAGCCCUCAGAUGCCAACGGCAAGCUUAUCCUGAAGACUACCCACAACUCCGCCUUCGAAUACGGUACUUACGCGGAGGAGGAGGGCCUGAGAGCCAGGCUCCAGUUUGAGAGGCAUGUGUCGGGCGGCCUGUUCAGCCUCACCGUCCAGAGAGCCGAGGUCAGCGACAGCGGCAGCUACUACUGCCACUUGGAGGAGUGGCUGCUAAGCCCCAACUACGCCUGGUACAAGCUGGCAGAGGAGGUUUCUGGGUGCACAGAAGUCACUGUGAAACAGCCAGCGGGUGCAGCCCAGAACUGUCUUCUGAGGAAGAGGUGCUCUCCUGGGCCCCCACUGUCCCCAGGCCUCAGCAAGGCAAGUGAGGUGCUGCUGUCAUCCAGGCUGGACAGUUCAGUGAUUUGCCUGAGGCCCCACAGCAGGAGAACGAGAAGGCUGCCUGAUCAGAGAGUCUCUGAAGAAGAUCCUGUGGCUACAGGCUUCAGCAGAGUGUGAAGGAGACCCCAGUUAUUUCCUCAGCUGUUUCCACCAAAUCCUCCUGUAUUUCGUGGCCAACACCCCAGGCAAGGCUUGGGGUCCCCGUCUGCUGCUGGACGCAGAGCCAUGAAGAAGAAGUUAGUGGUGCUGGGCCUGCUGGCCGUGGUCCUGGUGCUGUUCAUUGUCGUCCUCUGUCUCUGGCUGCCCUCAGCCUCCAAGGAACCUGACAACCAUGUGUAUACCAGGGCUGCCGUGGCUGCGGAUGCCAAGCAGUGCUCGGAGAUUGGGAGGUGAGUGGGGCAGGGCAUGGGACAUGGGCCCUGAAAACUGGGCAAGUGGACCAGAGCAAUACCUUCACCCCUCUGAGACUCAGUUUCCCCACAUGUAAGCUUUGCUUGGACUCUCUCAGUAGCCUUUGGG